AUGGAGCAGGAGGGUAAUGACCAGUCUUGUUUGUCUCACCUUCCCCAAGAAACCACCGCUAAAACCAUAACCACCGUUCCUGAAUCCGAAAGCGGUAUCAUCAGCACCACCACCAAUACUACGGGGAGCAGCAGCAGUAGGAAAAGCAAAGGCAAAGGUGGCCCCGAUAAUAAUAAGUUCAGAUAUAGAGGCGUGAGGCAAAGGAGUUGGGGUAAAUGGGUUGCUGAGAUCCGGGAACCUCGAAAACGUACCAGGAAAUGGCUUGGAACUUUCGCCACGGCUGAAGAUGCUGCUCGAGCCUAUGAUCGUGCUGCUAUUGUUCUUUAUGGUUCCAAGGCUCAGCUUAAUCUUCAACCCUCCCUCCCUUCUUCCUCUUCGUCUGCUUCUUCAUCUUCAUCUUCGUCUUCGUCCUCUUCUACUCAAACUUUAAGGCCAUUGCUUCCUCGUCCUUCAGGUUUUCCUUUUUCGUCUUUAAGCUCAGCAAGUCAUCCAGCUUCGUUAAUGGCUGCUGGGUUUUCUUCAUCAUCAUCAAGGUUUAUGCCCUAUGGGGCUUGCCCAAACUUUUCAAACCUAGCCUUAGCUUACCCAAACAUGGCUACAAAUCCCCAACAAGCCUUGCAAAUAAUGCAACAAUUUGAGCCUAGUGUUGUUGGUGAACCCACUGGAACAACGGCCUCGUUUAUGAACCCUAGCCUUCAACAAGUACAGCAGCAGCAGCAGCAGCAGCAAGGUUCUAAUUCGUACGAGGAUAUCAAUUCCCUGGUGGGUUCAGUGAGUUCGAGCUUGUCUUUGUCAGCUCAGGCUUCGAAUGCACCAGCAGUUCCGGAUCCAGGUUUACCAGUUGGACCUGAAUCUCCAUCUAUUUGGCCUUUCACAAACGAUGAUGACUAUCCCCUAGCUAGUAUUUGGGAUUACGGGGAUCCUAAUAUCUUCUUUGAUUUUUGA